AUACAGUGAACAUCUCCCGAGAAAGCUGUCCGCUGUGAACGAUUUUUGUCUGCUUGGAUGUCGCAUCCUACAUAGGUCCUUAUACAUCAUUUUUGAGGAUUUAAAUGACGUUGAAACCGGCGCGUAAAAAGCACAACAAUGGGAUGACCGCUUACAGAUCAGGCUUCUCUCUCUCUGGUAAAACACAUCAUCUAUAUACACACGUACGCGUCUAUGGUUGACCAUCAUUGAUCUAACCGAGGAAUACCGAACACGACCGAACGGUCACGAGUGACUGUGCGAAUAUCAUCGUGUGAUUUUAAUUUCUCUGCGGUCGCAUACAUAUGUGCACGGUGGUGUGGCGCGUACGUGUGUCGCGUAUAUGUUUGCGCGUUUGAUUACUUAAAAAAAUAUGUAAUUACGCGAUCGGCGGACACGAAUUGACGGGCAGGCGCAACGUUAACUUUCAUCUCGGGAUAUUACUGCGGGAUAAUCGCCGAGUUUGUCGGAGUUUAUUAACGGUUUCGCGAUGUCGGAGAUACGCAAGCGAACGACUGAGGAUGUGUCGGCGGCAACGCGGGACGUCAGCGAUGAUCAGAAAGAGGAUAUCGAAUCUGAAGAUGAUGCAAAACUGGAGGUGGAGGAAUUAGCAAAAUCUUUACCUCAAGGAACUGAUCAUACUCCGCAUAUUUUAAGUUCUGUUCUCUCUGGUCUUCCAGAUCGUUGGCGCAAUUGGAUAAUCAGAACUAUUUUUACUUGGUUUAUGAUAGCUGGAUUUUGUCUUAUUAUUUACGGCGGUCCGUUAGCUUUGAUGAUUACAACAUUAAUUGUACAAGUAAAAUGCUUUGAAGAAAUCAUCAAUAUUGGAUACGCUGUAUAUAGAAUCCACGGUUUGCCGUGGUUUAGGUCUUUAUCUUGGUAUUUUUUGCUAACUUCCAACUACUUCUUUUAUGGAGAAAAUUUAAUGGACUAUUUUGCAGUGGUGAUUAAUCGAACGGGAUAUCUGCGUGUACUCGUCACAUAUCAUCGAUUUAUUUCAUUCUGUCUCUACAUCGUUGGUUUUGUAUGGUUUGUUCUUUCGCUUGUGAAGAAGUAUUACAUGAAACAAUUUUCGUUGUUUGCCUGGACACAUGUUGCGCUGCUUAUUGUUGUGACACAAAGUUACCUUAUUAUUCAGAAUAUAUUUGAGGGAUUGAUAUGGUUUAUUGUUCCCGUUAGUAUGAUUGUAAUUAAUGACGUAAUGGCGUAUAUGUUCGGUUUCUUCUUUGGACGAACACCAUUAAUAAAAUUAUCUCCAAAGAAGACUUGGGAAGGUUUUAUCGGUGGUGGUAUUUCAACUGUUAUACUCGGCUUAUUGAUGUCGUAUGUUAUGUGUCAAUACCGCUACUUUGUUUGUCCUAUUGAGUACAGUGAGGCUUUAGGAAGAAUGACUAUGGAUUGCGAACCGUCAAGUUUGUUCCAACCACAAGAAUAUACGUUGCCGAGCAGUCUUCAAGUAAUAUCCAAAAUGAUAAAUGGAAAAUCUACAUUAACGUUAUAUCCAUUUAUCCUGCAUUCGUUAUCGAUGUCAAUAUUCAGCUCUGUAAUCGGACCAUUUGGAGGCUUCUUUGCUAGCGGAUUUAAGAGAGCGUUUAAAAUUAAGGACUUCGGUGAUGUAAUUCCUGGUCACGGAGGAAUAAUGGACAGAUUUGAUUGUCAAUAUUUAAUGGCGACAUUUGUGAACGUUUAUAUUUCUUCGUUUAUUCACACUGCGUCACCCCAGAAGCUAUUGCAGCAGGUCUAUAGUCUGAAGCCAGAGCAACAAUUACAACUUUACCAAACACUCAAGGAAACGUUGGAAGGCAGAGGCAUGCUGGAAAGCAGAGAAUGCUUGCUAAGUUAAAUAUAUUUAUAUAGUAGCAUUACACAAAAACUGCUGCAGAGAUUUUUUGUACCUAUUGGGUAAAAAAUCUACUAAAGAAAAGAUUUCCCUACUUAUUAUCUUUUCUACAAUUUGAAAACAAAUCGACAAUGCAAUUACAGUAUCAAAUACUUAUAAUAAUUUGUUGAAUUGUACAAUAAUUAUUGAAGUUAUUUUAUAAUAAUUUAUAGAAAGAGGUAAGUGUGUCGGAAUGUAUGAUAGGCCUAUCUAAUUGAAACCUAAACCUGGCCAGAUGGAAUAAAUAUUUCUUCCUUUUUCUUAUUUUUUAAAUAAAAGUAAGGACGGAAGUAUAUUUCGAUGUUAGAGAUAAGUAUUAGUUUUUACGUGUACGUCUUUACUUGGUUUUCCAGACUAGACUUUCGUAUCGGUGUGAACGCGAUAAAAAAAAAAACCGUGUAGAGAUACUGGAAUAUAUAUUGGAAUAUAUAUUUUAAAAAUCGUAUAACCUACGCUACCUCUGUGAUUAACAUCUGGCCUACAAGAGUAAUCAGUUGGAUAGAUCUAUCAUUAAUUUAAUUAUUUUUUGCAUUCCAUAUUGAACAGUCAAAUUUCCAUUCUGUGCAGUAGUUUAUAUUAAACUGUUAUAUGACACUGUUGGAGAUUUUAGGACAAAUAGUUUUGUCUAAUAACCAAACCAAAGACAGUUGAGUUAUAACAUCCAACGUUGUACAACAGCAUUUAUACGUAAAUUUUCCAUUUUUUUUUUAAACCCCUGGGUAUUGUAUAUUUAUCGAUUAGACGUUGCAAAACGUAGUAAGCCAAAUAUUAUUUUUGUGAGAGCACUCUUUGUUUUUUUGCGCUUUUUUGUUUACAGAUCUCAACUUCUACUACUUAUAAUCGCGUGCAUUUAAAAUUUAAUGUGAUUAAAAUCGAAUCUCGUUUGUAUAUACGCGUAAAUAAUUGGUUGUUUUUAAUCUAGAAUUGACAUAUUGAAUUGUUAACAGUUCCAUAAGUAAGUUUUGCUUUCUGACUGAGAAAAAAAAAACGCGUCCUUUUUAUUAAGAUUGUUGUAUUGCUGCAUAAAGGAUGUUUUUUCAUGAACUGAAUAUUAUAAACGAUAUAUUCUAUGUAAAAAGUUAAACCAAAAGUCCUUUACAACAAAAGUGAGUAUCUUAUUGGCUAAAUUAUUGGUUAAAUUAACUCAAUGUCUCGGACGUUAUUCGUAAGUUGAAAAAAAGAGGAAAGUUGAUUCAAAACCUGUUUUUUUUAGCUUAAUUUUUUACAUAGAUAUGUAUAACUUAUACGAUUUAAUUUAGAAGAAUCUUGUAUGUGAAAAUAUAAUUUACAUAAUUUGUCUACUGUGCAUAUAUAUUAUCAUGGAUGUUGGAUAAAUGGUUCUACUUAGACAUUUAGCAUUAUGCUUUUUUUCUUUUUUUUUGUUUUUUUGUAAAUUUUUAUCAUCACCCAAAAUCAUGAAUGCAAAUGAUGUAAAUGAUUCGAGUGGGAUACUCUCGCCGCGCAACAUCUAUUCACGUGCUUUGAUGCGAGAUUCGAGACAGUCUUGUCAGCUCGCGUUUUGAAGAACGCGCUGGAAGAAUUUGUGGAUUUUUUUUGUAUAAAAUCAUUUCACGUUGCUUUCGCGAUCACAGUACUUACGUUGUACAUAAUAGUGCUGAAUUUUGUCACGCUAAACUAUCGCGAUCUUUAUACAAAUAUAUGUAUACUCCGUGAUUAGCACACAAUGUGUUGAAAAAGAUGAGGAAUACAAAAGAAAAUGAAAAUCAUUCAGAUUAAAAUUCAUUUCCGUGUAUUAAUCGCCGUCGAUGCUUAUGUCGACAAGGAUGAAGUUAAUAGAAUUAAUGUGGAAGUGGAUUUGUGUCUGCCAUGUUCGUGUAUGUUAGUAUGUAGAAAAAAAAACAAAAAAAACAAACAAACGAUUCUUGUAUAUGUUGUAUAUGUGUGUGCGGUGUGCGGCGUAUUGUAUACUUGACAAGAGAAAUCGGGAUACCUGAUGAUAAUCCUCUAUUUUGCCUUACCAUAUAUAGUACACGAAAUUGUCAUCCCAGAUAUCAUAUUUGAAAGAGCAUGUUCUUGAGAAUUAUAUGAUUUCUCUAUCCAAAUGUUAAUAUAUAAUUAAAGUUAAUUUAUAUAUUUUUUCCGCGCUCCGAAUGUCGUUCUAAUACAUCGCAAUUUUGUGCCAAUCUUGAUGAUUAGAUAUAUUCUUAUCUCAAUCUUAUCACGUGUAUUGAAUUGCUGUGGCACAAUUUAAAAAAAAAAAAAAAAAAAAAAAAAAAAAAGUAGUUUCCUG